AUGAUGGGCUGCAUCACAGACUUCUUCACCUACGAGACCACAAAGUCAGUGGUGGUGAAGAGCUGGACCAUCGGCAUCAUUAACCGGGUCGUCCAGCUUCUCAUUAUUACUUAUUUUAUCGGCUGGGUGUUCCUGCAUGAGAAGGCAUACCAGGUGUGGGACUCGGCCAUAGAAUCCUCCGUCAUGACCAAAGUCAAGGGUUUCGGUGUGUAUAAUAACAGAGUCAUGGACGUGGCCGAUUACGUCAUCCCCACUCAGGGUGCCUCGGUCUUCUGUAUCAUCACCAAGCUCAUUACCACUGAGAAUCAAGUCCAGGGCUCCUGUCCAGAGAGUGAGAUUAAGUACACCUGCAAAAAUGACAGUGAUUGCAAGGCCUUCACCAACAAGCCUGGAGGGAACGGUGUGAUGACAGGCAGGUGUGUCAGUUUCAACAGCUCCCUAGACACCUGUGAGAUAAGAGGAUGGUGUCCAGCUGAGAUUGACUAUGUUAAAAUCCAACCCAUGAUGGAAGUGGAGGAUUUCACCAUCUUCAUCAAGAACAGCAUCCGCUUCCCACUUUUUAACUUCACAAAGGGUAACUUCCUGCCCAACAUCACCAACACCUACAUCAAAAAGUGCAACUUUCACCCUGUCAACGACACCUACUGCCCCAUCUUCCGGGUGGGAGACGUCAUCCGCUUUGCUCACCAGAACUUCACCACUUUGGCCCAUAAAGGAGGAGUGAUAGGGAUAAAGAUCGGAUGGCUGUGUGACCUGGACAAGUCAGAGGACAACUGCAACCCCUCCUACUCCUUCACGCGACUAGAUGCCGUUUCUGAGAAAACCAGCGUGUCUCCUGGGUACAAUUUUAGGUAUGCUAAGUACUACAAGAUGGACAAUGGGACUGAGUACCGCACACUGCUCAAGGCCUACGCCAUCCGCUUUGAUGUGCUGGUCAAUGGCAACGCCGGGAAGUUCAACAUGAUCCCAACUAUCAUCAACAUGGUUGCAGCGUUUACCUCUGUGGGAGUGGGAACAGUUCUUUGCGACAUCAUCCUUCUGAACUUCCUGAAGGGGGCGGAGCAAUACAAGGCCAAGAAAUUUGAAGAGGUGUCAGACACCCAGAUAAUGUCCAACAUCUCCCAGAGUAACGGGCUGCACCGCAGCAGCUGUGAUCAGCUGUCAGUCAAACAAGAUGAGAAGUGGUCGAAUGAGUCCUGGGGUUUCUCUUUUGGGCAGUAG